AAAAAUUGAAAUUUUUUUAGCAAGUGUAAAUAAGGCAUGUAAGGCCACCCACCGGAGUACUCGUUUGGUUGAGUAUCAUUCAUGUUUACGAAAACAGGAAGUGUAAUUAUGAUAUCAUAGAUAAUAGAGCCUAUGAUAAAUAAAGGAAGUGAACAAAGAGAAGUUGUCUAGUCAGCAAUCACAUUGAAAUGCAACCUUCUGACCAUCAGGAAAUAAAUAAGAGAUGACACUAAUAGAGAUAAAGCUCAUUAGAGUUCUUCUGAUUUGCUUUCUGGCUGGCUUCAGCACUGGUAAGACUGACUAUUCAAUUAUAGAUUUCCUUACAUUGCUGCACGUUUCAUAAAGCACAAUAUUCAGUGAGUGUGGAGAGACCAUGUCCAAUGGAAACAGUCACCUUCACCUGCACUGCUGCUGGAGAUUUCUUGAGAUGGGAACCGUCAGAUGCAACUCGCACAAUCGCUGUCCGCUCUACCUCUGGUCUCAAUGUAGCCAAUGUUGUAUCAGGUUACACUGUAACACUGAUUGCAUUCAACGACACUACUUUAACGUCUACUCUGUCAAGAAUAGCAGAGAAUGGGAUCACUGUAUCCUGUGUGGGGUUUGUGCUUACUCUAACCACUAUAGGAUCUUCAAUGAUCCGAUUGGUUGGUGAGUUGCAGUUAGUGUCUCGUCUAUUGUCUGCAUACACUAAGUUACAUAUAGAUCUACCAGGACCACCUUCCAUCAGACACUCCAUUUCAAGCAGCUCAUCCAUUGAAGUCAGUGUAUCUGUACAGUGGGACCCUCCUACUGAGACUAGUGGUAGAGAUGACCUCACCUACACAGUGACCAUCUCACCUCCGGCCCAGCUCUCUGCUACUGUCCUCACAUCCACCUCUGUCACUGUGACUGCUCAAUACAAUGUGGACUACACUGUCGGUGUUGUGGCUACCAACUGUGGUGGAAACAGUACAACUGCUGAGUACAACUUCAGAGUAAGUGAGUAUAUAUAUUUUUGCACACAGUAUCAAUUGAUCCUCUUAGGCGGCUGUCCUGUGCUGACCAACCCCAUAAAUGUAGCCUUUGGACCAACCACCAGCAGAUUACCAGGAUCAACAGUAACAAUCCAGUGUGAUGCUGGGUAUGUGUCUGCUGUUACAAUGGUGACAUGUGAGGGUACACUGAUGUGGAGUCCAGACCCUGAGGCUAUUGAGUGUACAUCACUAACCACACCUACUCCCACAACUCUCCCUCCAAUAAACUGCACGGCUCCACUAUCCCCACCACUUGAACCAACUACAGCUGCUCCAUGUAAUUGUAAUUGUAAUUGCACCAGCCUCUCUGAAGGGAGUCGAUUUGAUGCAGCUGUCUCCAUCAGUGUGGUUGUCACGGCAAUUGUGUUCACGAUAAUAGGAUUAUUUGUGGGACUCUUGAUAAUGUAUUUGUUUGUGCAUAAGAAGAAUGUGUACUCCCCGUCACCUAAAGAGCAAGCUAACGUAGGACCCACUGCACCAGCUGGUCCUGUUUAUGAGGAGGUGUCACCCAAAGAGGAGAUUGAACUGAAUACUAACCAAGCGUACGGACCUGUAGGACUGUAAAAACUCUCAUCAACAGUGUAGAUAUACAUGUAAACAAUUAAUAUAGCACUAUACAUCCGUUUAUUAUCAACAACUUAAACAAUGUAAACAAUAACAUUGUUCAUUAAAAAGCCACUACCAUACUUAUUUGAUUUAAAGCACCCCUCCAAAUAUGCAACACCCUCGAUCUUUUCCAAUUUUCUGACCUCUAAAAGUAGUGACUGCUGCGUUGUUAUGUCACGUCCUAAAUAGAGGUCAAACAAUAGCCUCGAUUCCAGGCUGCAAGAAACAAUGUAAUUUAAGCGGCCCUCCAAAUAUGCGACACCAGGACUUUAACAUAAUUUUUCAACCUCCAAAAGAAACGAUCUCUGGCUGUUUAGUUGUGAACGCUGUGUCAAACCUUCAACUUUUGUUUGGAAAAAACUCCUCCUAAUCUCUUUAUUAGGC